UCAACUACCGGCGAGGGCAGUUGAGAGAGCACGGAAGGUCCCUAUUUUCUCAAUCGACCUAGGCCGGAUUCUGUGGUCCUCUUCCCUAGUAGGCACGUCAAAACCCUAUAUCGAAACUGUGAUCCAUUUCUAUAAAAGGGAAGUAACAACAACAGUGAAAAGCGUACAGUGAUUAAAACAUCAAUUAUUAAAUGAAGAGUAGUUGAAAAAUGCACAACACGUGGAACGAUAGGAAAAUGGGGGAAGAAAGACCUGCAAACCCCGCCAGUGGCAGUAUCACUGGUAUUCGGAACUCUGCGAAAGAUGGGAUUGCAAGUUUGCCAACAAACCUCACCAACUGGCACAUACCAAGACCCUCACUCUGGUGUGCAGACUCAUGCUGUCCAUGCCAUAUAUCCAGUGAACAUUCCAAGUGGCCAGGUCAUCAACAAUAUCGAGGCUCAACUUCCUCUCAAGCGUCCAGUUCAAGCAACACAAGCACACAGAGUGGUGCAUCUGGAUCCCUUCUACUCACAGCAGCUAAUCUCGCUGCCCUGAGAUAUGAACCCACGAUAAAAUGUCCAGAGACACAGUCAAUUGCAUCUUCUACCCACUUCACUGUUGUGAAUGGAAUAACAAGAACCAAAAUGCAACCCUUGCCAACAUGCUGCUGCCAGUCACAUCAACUCACAACUCUAGUCUUCACUAUGUCCAUUAUUUUCCUCAUAGCAAUAAUCAUAGCUGUUAUUUACUUGGAAAUGAGAUGGCGAGACAUCGACUUAUUGAGAUGAUGGGAACUUCCAAAAUAAGAUGAAACAUGAUUCAAUGCCACACUAAUAUCUCCAGCC